AUGAAAGAUGCAGAGGUCGCACUUCAUCAAAUAUCAAUGGGAGUGGGUUUGCCCAAUCAAGGCCCAGUGUUUAAACCUUCGGAGAGGCAGAACGAGGCCACAGCUUUCAUCUUAUAUAGAUGGCCCAUGGAGACCGUCUCCGCGCGCGCUUCGACCAGGAUGGACUUCUCCAAGGCUAAGAGCGGCGAAGUGCCGGAGCUGUCGGGCCAUGCGCGCAUUCAAAUCUCAUUGGUUGGAUCGAGGCUUUUGAGAUUGACCAAGAACAAUUCGAAAAGUCAAACCGGCGGAGACAAAGCGACAACACCUCUACAACCUGCCAUCACCUUGGUUUCUCUUAAAAGCCAGACCCGCCCUGAUUUGGGAUUUAGUAUCUUGGCACCUCCGUUUGUUAUAUCGUCCAUAUUGAGCGUCCGCUCGUCGUCAUCAGGCGUCGCCAACAGCGGCCGCCACCUUGAGGGGAGCGUGAAGGAGGAGACUAACGGUGACUCAAUGCCCAACACCGUUGCACGGAUGAUGGGCCAGCUAUUUCAGUGGCCCUUCAUCUUAUCUCCCGCGACUUGCAGGCCCUUCAUGUACGGGACCUUUUCGACAUUUUCUUCCCGUUUCCAUUUCCCAGCCAGCUGGGCAAGUCUACAGACGCCAAGCCAAGCUAACAAGGUUGCUUUGCUUUUCCUGCAGGGCGGUGCAACGCCCAAGCGAGGAACCCCAACCAUGACUCGGCCUUGUUUGGGGAGUUGGGAACUUGGGACUGGAGUUCUUGGCCUGUACUGCAAAGCUGACAACCCGCAUGGGCGCAUAGGGGGGUCCAUCGAGACUUGGCAAAUCUUCCUCUUCUUCUUCACUACUAGUCAACUGUCCGUCUUCUUCUUGUAA